GCGGGAGCGCGCGCGGGGAGGCGCGGCACCGGCCUGGGGCACCGCGAGGCUCAGGGACCGGGACGGGGACGUGGCAGCGCCCCGCGCACCACCGAGUUCCCUGGCAGUGCCGAGCGACGCGGCGCGGGAUCGGCCGGGCAGGACCAUGAACGUGUUCCGGAUCCUCGGGGACCUGAGCCACCUCCUGGCCAUGAUCUUGCUCUUGGCGAAGAUCUGGAGGUCCAAGAGCUGCGCGGGCAUCUCUGGGAAGAGCCAGAUCCUUUUUGCUCUGGUCUUCACCACCAGGUACCUGGACCUCUUCUCCAAUUUCAUCUCCAUCUACAACACGGUGAUGAAGGUUGUUUUCCUCUUCUGCGCCUAUGUCACAGUGUACAUGAUCUAUUGGAAGUUCCGGAAAACAUUUGACAUUGAAAAUGACACGUUCCGGCUGGAGUUCCUCCUGGUCCCAGUGAUGGGCCUUUCCUUUCUGGUGAACUACAGUUAUGCACCAAUGGAGGUCCUCUGGACCUUCUCCAUCUAUCUGGAGUCAGUGGCCAUCCUGCCACAGCUCUUCAUGAUCAGCAAGACUGGAGAAGCUGAGACCAUCACUACUCACUACCUGUUCUUCCUGGGGUUGUAUCGGGCACUCUAUCUGGCUAACUGGAUCAGGCGGUACCAGACAGAGAAUUUCUAUGACCAAAUCUCCGUGGUGUCUGGAGUAGUCCAAACCAUCUUUUACUGUGACUUCUUCUAUUUGUAUGUGACCAAAGUCCUUAAAGGAAAGAAAUUAAGCCUACCAAUGCCAGUCUGAGGAGAUGGGCCACAGAACCAACCAUCUGGAUUGUUCUUCUUGGUGAUGAAGACCUGAGACUUAAAAUGAUUGGUGCAAACUGAAACAAAGCACUGAUAAACUUCCAAGCUCAACAUCAACAGCAGGACCCAUCCUGGAUAUGAUGUAACAGCUGGUGCUUUCGCCCAAGAAUGGUGCCUUACAGUGAAUGGAAAGAUACCUCCUCCAUGAAUGACCAUUGCUCCUUUAUGACUAUAGAAGGUUCAUGCCAAGGAAUGGGCAGAUCCAUUUGCAAAGACAUUUCCUAGGUCAGUGCUUAACUGAAGACCUGGUGUGUGUUAGGGACACAACCAACAUCCACACUUCAUCUAACCUGCAAGCAAUCCAAAUCACCAGCUCUGCCAAAAUAGGACUCCUAAUCUACUGUGUAACUAGAUUCUUGUGCCAAGACUCACCAAUUCCACCCUCCCCUACCAAGUCUGAGGUACUAACUAGGAUGACUAGCACAUUCACCUCCCAACAUUUGCUGCUUGGAGGAAAACAUUAGAACUACACUUAGUUUUAAUGUAAUAAAAAAUUCACACCUUUAUUGUCAAGUGUUUAUUUAUACCUACAAAAGAAAACAAGAUGGUAUCAAAAGGACAGUUUACAAACUAAUAGUAGUAACAUAGCUCUUAGCAUCCUGUGCCUUAACAUCAUACCUACAAUUCAAGUCUCAAUGACAGGAAUGUGUUGAGCGACCAGCAUGGGCAUUAGCAGGGCACUGAUCCAAGCAAAAGCCACCAACCUUUUAGAUGACAAGUCUGCGCAAUGAACUGUUAGGGAGGUCGGGAGAAACAACCCACAGCCUAAUACUGAAGCCCUUUCCCUAAAUGAGUUAACCAUGAAGGCAAUUAACCCAGCUCAAAGGGUUUGCCUACAUCUGUUCUCAGAGCAGAACUCAACGGAUAGACAAGGAGACACAAGUCAUUUGCGCCAAGUAGGAAAACUGCUAGUUUUCUGCUGUACCCAGGCCAAAAGAGCUCCUGAAAUUUGGAAUCUGCUUUUAUCUGGAUUAUGCCUCUGAUGGAGAGGGAAGGUAAGCAACCUAGCUGCUGCUUCAUCCCCAGAGGCGGUAAUAGAAGGGAUGUUUUAAAAGAGCUGCACUAGCACAGGACAGCCCAUGGUAUAAUGCUUAAUAAAAAAUAAAAAUAAAUUUGGUUGUAGAAAGAAGUCUUUCUAACAGGCUGGUCAGUGUCAGGGAUAAGACACUUCCUUUUGGCAGGCUUAGAAACAGACAGGACACAUACUUUGGUUUCAAAGCAAAGAGCAGGGUUGCCACACAUCUGUGCCCAUCUCUCUCCCUUGGCUUCAGCCUGUAAAACAGUAAACAAAAGAAUGCCAAGCAUUCACAUGCGGAUAAUCCAGCAUAUGACGACAACCUACCUGUUCUGUUGCACACUGAAUCCUACUUUCAGUCCCUCAAAACCAUCCCUUUUCUCUUCCGGAAGAAAAACACCAAGUGUAUUGACUGUUACAUUUUAUAAAGCAGCAAGCACCCUCAAGGCACAGCCAAGAAAUGCAGUGGAGCCUCCUCCUUUAACUGUUCUGUGAACAGCACAGGAAAGAGCAACACCGAAGGUCUCACCAUUGUGAUCUAAUGUAGGAACUGUGGCCAUCUACUGCCCUAUACUGACAGGGAGACAGAAGAGCAGAAUAUUCUUUCCUGCUUCAACUGUUGUUCUUACAAGUUUCAGGAGGGAAAAGCGUUUAAUAAAGGGAUGAGACAAGCUCACCCACUUUCACACUCAAGAAUAGGUUGGACCUGGGCUUUAGUGCUCCAUGAGCACUACCUACCUGUGAAAAGCUGAUGGCGAAGGGAUGCCCAGGAUGAGCGCCUCCAGCUGCUACAAAGCACCGCACAGAACAGGCUGUGAGGAGACUAGCUCUUCAGCGGUCCUGCUCAGGAGAGCCUGGCCAAGCGGGCAGAGCAGCCCACGAAAUCAUUCUUACUCUAGCUCUAAGAAUACUGCGUUGAAAAGGAAGAUCUGCUCGUAUGCAGUCCGUCAUUUCUAAAGAUGCAUUGUAGAUUCAACUGCCUGGGAAGUUUCUGCUAAGUACUGAUGUUUACCGCUAGCUCAUAGUGGCUAUCUGGCUAGAACAACUUUUAGAUGGUCCUGGUUACUAUAUUCAGUAAGAAAACCAGGCGCCAGUCUACCCAGCAAAAACAAUGCCAUAUAUAUACUCUUUUAAACUUAAAAAAAAAAAAAAAAAAAAAACAA